UAAAAUUGAUAUGGCCGAGCAAUGGGAAAAAAAUCCUGGAUUCUAAGAGUGCAGCUAUGAUGAACAUGGGGAAUGGGACUACGUAGUGCUUUCCAGGGUGUGUGCUGCAGAGGGGCAGAACCAUUUUAAUGCCCUGUAUUCAAAGAAAUGUUCUGCAGCCCUGUGCAGGGGACAGCACAGAAAGGCAGGACAGUGGGGAGUCGUUUGCAGCCAUUGCUGUCCCUGAGCCAGCAUUGCAGCUAUUGAUUUGGAACUUGCCCCAUUCACUCUAACCUUGGCUGUGCCAGCUUGACCCUUAUCAGCGCUGAUAAACCCUGCCACAACCUCCUGUCCCAUCCUGAUGGUGUCACACUGUGAGGUGCUGUGGUGACAGAUCUUUCCUGCCACUCAGCCUGUGCACCAGUUGGUCUUUUGCUGCGAUGCUCUAAGUCCAGGAAACCUUUCUCCUAUUUUUGCACAGAGGCUGCAGCCACACCAACAUUUUUAACCCUGUGUUUGUGCCCAUCCCUUGCUGAGUGUUUUGUAUGAGGAAGGAUGAGGUGGCGGCUGCAAAUGCUGUUCCAGAGGAAACUUAAAAUCAGCUUUCUCUUUCUUCUGUUCUUGGCCCUUCUUGUGCACCUGGUGAUGGAUUUUGCUCUCCCCACAACCCACAGGUCCUGUGGCUGCAAUACUAAAGCAUCAAAAGCUGUGGGUGUCCUGUCAGGCAGCCCCAUGCCAGCCAGCCUCAAAAAGCUCAGCCUGCGAAUCCUUCAGGAUUUCAGUGGAAGCAACGGCUUCUUGGAGAAAAGCUCCCAGCCAGAGAGAGGGGGGCUGCACAUAAGAACUGGAGAGCCAGGGAUUCAACAGCAGCAUGAAGAGGUGGACCAAGGUGCAAGGUGGACCAAGGGCUCAAAGCUGGCAGCACUCUUUGAGCAUCCUCUUUACAACAUCCCAGUGCCCGAGGUGACAGAGAAAGACAAGCUGUUUGUCGUCAACCCCACGGAGAAGUUCAGCCUGCACAGCAGCGGGAGUGAUGAAUGGGUCAGCAGCAGUAAAGCCGAGACGCUCCUCCCGACAGGGAAGACAGCCUAUGACACCUACCCCACGUGGCUCAAAUUCCACAUCGGCAUCAACCGCUAUGAGCUGUACCCCCGCCGGGACCCCUUGCUGCCCAAGCUCCUCUGGGAUUUGGCCACGCAAAGGAUCGUCAGCUCGGUCCAGAAGUCCGGCGGGACCCAGCUCAAGCUCAUCAUGACGUUCCCGAACUAUGGGCAGGCCCUCUUCAAGCCUAUGAAGCAGACCCGGGACCAGGAGACCUCCAUUGAUUUCUUCUACUUCUCAGACUUUGAGCGGCACAAUGCAGAGAUUGCAGCCUUCCACCUGGACAGGAUCCUGGAUUUCCGGCGAAUCCCCCCAGUUUCUGGCCGUUUGGUCAACAUAACAAAGGAAAUUCGGGAUAUCACCACAGACAAGAAACUGGCCAAGACUUUCUUCAUCUCCCCAGCGGGUAACGUCUGCUUCUACGGGGAGUGCUCCUACUACUGCUCCACUGAGCACGCCCUCUGUGGCAAACCGGAUCGGCUGGAGGGCUCCAUGGCUGCCCUGCUCCCUGACAAGACCCUGGCCAAGCGCCGCUCCUGGCGCAGCCCCUGGCGCCGCUCCUACCACAAGAGCAAGAAGGCUGAGUGGGAGCUGAACCCCAACUACUGCGCUCAGGUGCGAGAGAUACCGCCCUACGACAGGGGCCAUCGCCUCCUCGACCUCAUCGACAUGGCCAUCCUCGAUUUCCUCAUGGGCAACAUGGACCGGCACCACUAUGAGACCUUUGAAAAAUUUGGGAAUGACACUUUCCUGCUCCACCUGGACAAUGGUCGCGGCUUCGGCACACACUCACGCGAUGAACCGUCCAUCCUGGCCCCUCUCCAGCAAUGCUGCAGCAUCAAGAAGUCGACUUACCUGCGGCUGCAGCUUCUGGCCACCCAGCCCUACCGCCUGAGUGAUGUGCUGCGGGAGGCGCUGGCUGCAGAUCCGCUGGCCCCCGUCCUGGCUGAGCCCCACCUGCAGGCACUGGACCGGCGCCUGGGGAAGGUGCUGGUGGUGGUGGGACACUGCCUGGCCAGGGCAGGCCACCAGGAAAAGGUGCUGGUGGAUGAUGUGGGGUCGUGGGUGUGAUGGGGGCUGGGUACCCUGCUGGAUUGGGCUGUUUUGGUGUGCUGCCGAGGGUCAUGUGGGGAUCGAUGCACAGCUCUGAUUCUGUGUAGCUCAGCUUUUGGUGGUGCCAGAGCUGGUGGCAUGAUGAACCAAGAAAGCAGGUUGUAAGGAUUGGUGGGACGGGGAGGGAAUUUAAAUAA